CUUUUCUCUGUGGUUGUUGUUGGUCGUUGUCCUGCUCAGACGCGGCUAGUUCAAGUUGCCAUAGUACGGGGAUGCAUAAUUUCAGCUGUUUUCUUUUAACUAGAAACUUGCGUGUGACGUGGGCGACGAAAUAGUGGAAUAUAUUUUAUAUGUUUUCACGGAACAUUUGUCUCAUUUUGCGGCCGUUAUUUUAUUGCAUCAGUAUCAGUUUGGCAAGCUUUAGGUUAGCUAGCUAGCAUUUACUGUUUGCCACCUGUUGAUCAAGCGGUGAAUCAUCCCGCAGCAGCACAAUGAGAGCUUUGAAUGGGAAGGCAAAAAACGGAUUUUUGAAUUUUACAGGUCUCAUAAUGUCUUAGAGGGGUUAAAUUCGUGUUGCAUCAAAGCAAAUGUUUGGCAAUGUCGUCGCGAAUGUAAUGUGCAAUUAUUUUGCCAUUGAGCGUUUUUGGAGACUCAGGCUACUUAAAAGAUUUGCAUGGCCACGUGUAGUCGAACCAUAAAUCGAAAAUAUGGACACAUCCAGUGGGUCAGAUUCGAGUGACAGGUUGCGUGGACACAGGUGGCAGGGGCUCGAAGCCCACCGCAAACCUGUACGGGAAAGAGGCCAAGCCAGUGGGCGAGCAGGUGACGGCCGUGCAGCUGACAUCUCCGAGAAGAUCAGCACACUGUGCAGCACUUUGCAGGAUACCAAUCGGAACUUGACCAAGGUGGACCAGAUGCUGGGCCAGUACAGGGAGCAUACCAAUGACCAGGCUGAAGCCAUGGCUUUGCUUCGGGAUAAUCUGGAGGAGUCCAUCAGUCAACUGCAGGCGCAGAGGCUGAGCAGGGUCAAUGGUGCUCACAGUAGCGCUUCCGCAUGCAGCCUGCAUUCCAGUGACCUGGAUGGUUGCCCUGGAUCAGAUGGCAAACCGACCUCCCCGCUAAAGGACUACGCAGGAACGCCAGGGAUGAGAAGGAGGAGGAGGUCUCACUCCGCAAGCGUUCGCUUCAAGAAUAGUAGCUAUUCAGGAGAGGACAUCCACACUUUGCACCAGUCCAUGAGAGAUCUCCGCUGUGACCAACAGAGACUAUCAGUCGACCUGGAGCAAGAAAUCAUCAGGAGAAAUAGGGCUGAUGUUGACACCAGGCUAGCAAUUGAGAGCCUCUCCGACCACAUGGCCCCUAGUCAGCGACAGGACUCUACUUUUGAGAGACAUAAAAUCGAUGUCAGCGAGAGAGAGGACAGCAUGACAUCCAGAUUACUAGAAAAGGAGAAGUCCUUCAAGAUGGAGCAGGAGCUGGAGAGAGUGAAGAGACUACUAGAUCAGUCAGAGGACAGCAGAGAGUCACUGGUUCAACAGGUUUGUAUUUAUUUUCUCUGGAUGAACUGCGCUCUGCGUGAAUACGAACGGACACACAGAACCGUGGAGAAUAUGCGGGGUGAGCUGCAGAGGAGCAGGAAGGAGAAAACGGAGCUUCAGAGGGCCUGGCUACAGCCAAGUCAGCCCAUCCCUGGCAACCAUACAAGCAGGGAGGAGGGAAGAUUACAAGACAUGGAAAAAGAGUUAGCGGAACUGCGAGCUCAACUGCGCAGGGGAUCGGCCAGCAGUGAGGUCGAGGAGCUAAAGAAUGCUGUGGACCGCAAGGAGAGCGAGCGCAUCCAGCUGAGAAUCCAGUUGGAGGGCUUGUCUGCAGAGUUGGCACGGCGGGAGCAACAGCAAGUCCGAAUGCUUGAACAGCUGAAGGAUAUGCAGAGCCGAGGGCAGACAGAGAGGACCGAGACUGAGGCGUUACUCCAGGAGAGCACGAGGAGCAGAGAAGAACUGAGGGCCAAGGCCCAAAAGGCCGUGCGCCAAUGGAGGGCAAAGUGCAAUCGACUGCAGAAGGAGCUGGAGGAGGCCCGGGCCCACAUUCAGCUGCACACUGACAAGGCAGCAAAGGUAGCCAAAGAAACGGAGGGCUCCCACGCCCAGCUGAAGGCGCUGAGCCAGCAGGCCGAGGCUGCCCGCAGAGAGCUGGCCGAAAGCCUACAACGUUUGGCCCAGCGUGAAGAGGAGCUGCACCGCAAGGACGUGGCGCUCUCCGAGAGCCGCCAGUGCCAAUUGGCUCGAGAGCAGGAAAUCCGGGAGGCCAAGGAGUCCUCUGAUGCCCUUCAGAUGGAGCUUCGGCGUCAGUCGGAGAACCUGGCAAGACUGAGGGAAGAGAAUCAGAGGCUCAUCGAGCAGGCGGACACGCAAACCCGUCUCAGUCAGAGACACCUGAAUAAGCAGGCUGAGCUCCAGGUCGCGCUGAGUCAAAUGACCUCAGCUCAUGCCCAGCUAGCGCACCGCCUGAGUGAGGCGGAAGCUUCCAAGAAGGAGCUUCAGAAGGUCACGGCGGAAUUGCAGGCCAAGCUGGCGGCGGUUGAGGAUGAGCCGGACACGCUACGGAAACAGCUGCAGCUCGAGAGAGAGGUUCAUCGGAAGGAGCUGGACAACCUGAAGGUCGCAGUUGAAGGAGGCAGGACGAAGCGCGAGGAAAUGCAAGACAUGCUCCGACUCUGCCGCCAGCAGCGCGAUGAAAUCCAGUCACAUCUAAAUGACGUGAAGGCAGCCGCAGUGUCGGAGACGAACUUGUGCGAGGUGCUGCGCGUCAAGUUGGACAGGAUGAAGGAUGAGUGUGAUAAGCUGGCCGCACAGCUGAACUCAAAAGAGGAUGCACACGCUCUCCUCUGCAAAAAAUACCAGCUACUUAAACUGGAACUGGAUGAAGUCAGGUUAGAUGAAGGUGGGCGUGCAACAGUAACCGAACUUGUGAAACUGGAAGAGAAGGUGGCACAGAUGGAAGCCGAACGCGUGGCCCUACUUUCCUCCAUCAGCGACGAAUUAGAUGAAGCUGUCCAAGGCCUGCUGAGGAAUGGUGAAGACAACUUCCAGGCAACCAGGAAAGCUGGAUCAGUCAAAGACAGCUCCCUUUGGCUAGCAGAGACAAAGUCCAAGAUACGCUUGCUGCGUGAGGAGGUGCGCGAGCAUGACACAAGAGAACAGCGCCUGAGGUUGCAGCACAAGCACACCAGAGCUGAGCUGAAGGCACUCAGGCAGACUCGGGGAACGGAGCGAGAUGCCUUUCUGCAGCGCCUGGACGAACAAGAAAAGCUGCUGCUCUGCAUCAGCACCGAAAAACAAGAAUUGCUGGAGGGGAAUCGCAAGAAGGUUGAAGAAAUGAGAAGCCUGCAGGAUCGUGUGUUGGAUCUCGAGAUGAACUCUCGAGCAGCAAUGGACUACGUGAAGUUAAUUCCAGAGACGUGCUACAUGACGGACAACUUCAAAGACUUGGAGGAGUCACAACGGCAGAAGGAGGCGGCUGAGCAGUGCUACGCCAAACACAAGGAGAUCGUCUGGGACCUGCAGCACCAGCUCGAUGAGUCCAGACGAAAAAUCCACGAGUGCAGGGAAGAGAAGUUAGAUGCCACUUCCAGGAGGAUGAAGCUAGCUGUUCUGGCUUCCUCCAUGAAAAGCCCCAACGUCUUCUUCGGUAGCCCUCUCAGAUCCGAUACACUGUCUCCACAGCAAUGCCUGACCACAUCUGACUUGGAUGCCCCUGCAGUGAACAUGGCCAAAUUCCUCACAGAUCCUUGCCAGCUCGACGGCAAGUGAACCGGUCCUGAACUGCAACAACAAAACCCUGUGAGGCACGUUGUCAUCUCAGCACCAAACCUCCCGACGACCUCAAACACAACCGCCGAUGGUGCUAUCCCCGACGUGUGACAAUUGAGACUGCAACGGAGAGCGAAUGUUGAUUCUGUUUCCAAAUCUGAAUCGAAUGUACAGUAUUAACUCCGUUCUUGAUGCCAGUCCUUGGAGUCUAUCGUCCACAUGCCAAUGAGCCGCAAUGGUUCAGAACACAAACGGGGCUGAAGAGCUCAGCCAGUGCUUUUUGCUUUUGACGAGUCAUGAUGAAAGUGCUGUCUUUGUGUCUUAUAUAUUUGUUGAAGAAUCACUGAAGUCUAUUUUUCAUGUGCUGUGAAUAUAUCUAAGCACUUCAAAU